CCAAUGUCCACGCUGCGGCAGUCAGCGCUUCAGCAUCUGAGACUGACUGAUGGAGUUUCUCAAGAUCGAUGACCUCUCCACCACUGGUCAAUGCAGCCUCGAUAGCCGCGGUGUCGUGCCAAGGGGGCUGCCAAGGCCAUCGUCUUUUCCAUCCAGGGUCGCAAAGAAGCUGGCCUGCUCCAAUUAUACACUUCUGAUAGGUACAUCGACAACCUCCUCCUUUUCAGGGCCAAGUACCUCAUUUGCAUCACGGGUAACCGACUAGAUAGUCAUGCGAAAAACGGCCCACAUCUCAACGUUGUGGAUGAGGUCAUGGGCCAUGGUUUGCUGGACCUUCAAGCCAGCCAUCUGUGCCGGUGACGACAAUACCACGGUCUACAUCGCAACGGUCCGAGAUGGGCUAGGUGCAGCGAAACUGAGCUCAAAACGCCAUGUGAGUAAACUGCAUUUUCAUGGUGGUUUUAAUAGUAUCGUGGGGAGUAAGCAACUGCUUGUUGAGCGAUGCAAAUCCGGAUAGGUGAGUCAUCGCACCUGGGAGUAUGACACGAAGUGCUGCGACGGAGUGCUGGGAGUAAAUCAGUGUUGAUGUCCACAAAUAUUUCCCCGCGGGGACUCAUCACACCAGCAUCCAGCUAAACUCAGUUAAUUGUCAGCCGUUUCA